GGUUCAGGAUCCGACCCCUCCUGGAGCCCCAAAUCCCCCCCUCGCUGCCCCGCAGCACAAACAGGAGCUGGGUCCUUUGGGAUCCCAAAUUCCCAAAAUCCCAAUUCCAGCUGGAAACCCUCUCUCAGUUUCCCCAGCCGCAGCCAUGGGAUCGCAGCUGGAAGGGGCCAUGGAGACCCUGAUCAAUGUCUUCCACCACUACUCGGGCAAGGAGGGCGACAAGUACAAGCUGAGCAAGAAGGAGCUCAAGGAGCUGCUGCAGAGCGAGCUGGGAUGUUUCCUGGAGACCCAAAAGGACGCGGGGGCCGUGGAGAAGAUCAUGCAGGACCUGGAUGAGAACGGCGACGGGGAGGUGGAUUUCCAGGAAUUCGUGGUCCUGGUGGCCGCCCUGACCGUGGCCUGCAACACUUUCUUCUGGGAGAACGCCUGACCCCCCACUCCUGCUGCUUUGGUUCCCAAAAUCCAGAGCCCCCAGCACCCCCCGGCUCACCCCCUCUGCUCCCCAGCGUUCCCAGGGGAUCCCACUGGGAUCCAGCUCCACAAUAAAG